AUGCCUACGCAGGCUGAAAUAUCCGAGAUCAAAGGCUCUAUUGGGUCACGGAAAGCUGACGAGAUCUAUCGACAGUUCCUUGAAGGUAGCACCAGCGUGCCCCGACCAGGUUUUAACACCACUGGCCGCGAGGUUGAUCUGGUCCUCAAUGCUUAUCCUAUUACCGGCUUUCCCACCCAGAACGUUCACCAAUAUGACGUGACCAUCCUCAAAAUUGGCAAGGAACAUGAGCAGCCACCCCCUCGCUCCCGAAAGUUCGCUUGGGAUACAACUGCUAGGAAGAACACCUGGAAGCAAAUGAUCUAUGAUGGCAAUAAGCUUGCCUGGUCCUCCAACAGCUAUGACGAAAUGAAGUCGGUUGAAGUCAACCUUGACAACAAGACUAACGACGAUAAGCCGCCUGCUUAUCGCAUAAUCAUCCGGAAAGCAAAGACCAUCAACCUCCAAGUGCUGCAAAAUUGGCUGCAGAAGAAGGGCUCUUUUGAUGAGCGAGUCCUUGAAGCGCUUAACUUCAUGGAUCACCUCCUACGCGAAUGGCCAUCCACCAAGUACAGCCCUGUCAAACGAGCAUUCUACGAUCCCAAGGAAGAGCCUCGCAACUUUGACAGCACUCUUGAUCUUCGCAAGGGUUUUUAUCAAGCCAUUCGACCUGCUUUUGGUGGAAGACUUGUCGUGAACGUCGACAGUGUCCUUUGCGCAUUUUGGCAACAGGUGACGCUUGUCAGCCUCGCUGAUGGCCUCCUCAAGCACUUUAAUUGGGACAAAACUGCUCAGGCUCUAAAGCGCAAAAACGUCAAUCCUCAGAACCCCUUUGCCGGAUACAUCUACAGCAAGGCUCACGUUUAUGUCUGGAACAAAUUGCGUCAUCUGGAGGUCAAACCAGCCUUCCAAGGCUGUACCGUCAAUCGCAAACUUCGCAUUCACAACAUAUUGACCGCGAAUUCGCACGAAAAGMCCUUCACAUGGACUGAUCCCGCCACGGGCAAAGAGGAAAAUAUUUCAAUCUUUAAUUACUACAAGCGCAGAUACAACUUGACUCUAUACUGCCCCGAAUUACCUGUGGUGGAGAUGCAAUCUUCACCUACUAAGGCAAUCUUCUACCCUAUGGAGUGUCUUCAUGUGGCUGGGCUACAGCGUUUUAACCAUAAGCUGGAUGACAAGCAAACCGCGGAAAUGAUCAAACACGCAGUGCGUCGUCCCAACAUUCGAUUUGGCGAUAUCGAAACCGCGAAGGCGAAGCUUGGUCAUUCAACCGAUCCCAUCCUCAAACAUUUCGGCAUGAAGAUCUCAGACCAGUCUAUUACAACCAAAGGUCGUCUUCUUCCGGCACCAGAGAUCCAGUUCGCGAAUGCCAAACACAAUCCGGGAACUCAAGGCCGUUGGGACUUGCGUGGCAAGAAAUUUCUGGAGACUAACAAGAUUCCCUUGAAAUCUUGGGGUGUUGGUGUCUUCAAGCAAGGCCGAAAUGAUUUGACUUUGCAAAAAGUGGAUGAAUUUCUUGAUUUGUUCCGCAAGCAGUAUGCUGGUCAUGGUGGCACUAUCGUAGGUCGGCCAGUCAUUAUGGACAUCACUGGUGAUACCGCUGAAGGUGUUUAUCGCCUUUAUAACGGCACCGGGCAAAAUUUCAACCAACGUCCACAACUGCUGCUUUUUAUCGUGCCAAACAAAGACACUAUGGUCUAUCACCGUAUCAAAAAGUCCUGCGACUGUCGGUUUGGUGUGCCCUCUCAGGUCUUGCAGCAGGCCCACGUUGAGCGCAAACAGCCUCAAUACAUGUCCAAUGUGGCCAUGAAAGUCAACGCCAAGUUGGGUGGUGUGACUUGCAAGGCUGCUCCUCGUCAAGGCUCAUUGAACCGUCCCGGCUGCAUGAUCAUUGGAGCUGACGUUUCUCACGCAGCACCUGGCAGUACCGCUUCAUCGUUGACUGCCAUCUCUGUGUCUGCGGAUCAGAACUGUGUCAAAUACAUGGGCAGUUGCCAGACGGGUUAUAGCCGAGUUGAGAUGAUCGACGAGGACAACAUGAAGAAUAUGCUCACCCCAUUGGUCGACGAGUGGACCAAGACAGUUGGAAAUGGCCGUCGUCCUCAAUGUGUGUAUUACUUCCGCGACGGCGUGUCUACUGGCCAAUUCGCACAGGUGCUCGAAAAAGAAGUCCCUAUCAUCAAAGAUGUCAUCUGCCGUGGCAGUGGCGAAAAAACCAUCCCUAAAAUUACCGUGGUGAUUGCCAACAAGCGUCAUCAUAUUCGCGCAGCUCCACGACCAAAUGACAAGGCUGCGGCUGACCGGAAUGGCAAUGCCCUACCCGGCACCCUUAUUGAACGCGAUGUCACCAGCCCGCACGACUGGGACUUCUUAAUGAUCUCGCAUGUGGCUCUUCAGGGAACGGCCAAGCCCGUGCAUUAUCACGUUAUUCGGGAUGAAAUGAACCACCAACCCGCACAGCUUCAAAACAUGAUCAACAAUCAUUGUUACCAGUACGUUCGGUCUACGACCUCAGUGUCUCUCUUCCCUGCAGUCUACUACGCACAUUUGAUUUCAAAUCGCGGCAAAUGUCAGAGUCAGGAUGAGUUUGCUGACAGUUCGGAAGAGUCUGGCGAUUCCCCUACCGACCAACCCGGUGCCCCGAAGGCAUUGCUCCCCAUGAGGACUGAAGGUCGUAACCAUCUGCAGAUGUGGUUUGUUUAG